AUGGUCCCACCUCGGCGUACGCAGCGCUCAGACUUGCCCGUGUACCUCUCAGGCGCAGAAUUGGCUGCGUGGAUUGCACGAAAAGCUGCCCCGCAUGUUCAUCCCAUGAAUGCCGACGUGAUAUUGGACCCCAAUGCUCAUUGCAGAGCCCGGAAUGAUGGGAGUCCGCAGUCAGCCAUUCCUCCAUAUGUUGUGCAGCAGGCGACAGGCCCGCCCUCCUACAAGCCCCGAGGGGAGGAAAUCAAAUCAAAAUCCGCAAAAACAACAAUUCUAGCUCAGGGCUACGGUCAGCGUACUACUACAUUGCAACGUUCCGCUUUGCUUCAAGAUGACCGUUCCGCCUCAAGUCGGAUAGCAUCUACAGCAGCAGCAUCAAUUCCGCCACUAAUUUCGCGCCUGGCCUCAGCUUCAUCAUCACAGCCCACACGCGAAUCGGUGUCUCUUCCGAAUUUUUUCGAAGCCGGAAGCUCUUCACAGAGUUUUUCCUAUCCUAGCGACGACUCAAAGCGCCAGCUGAGAGUGUGUGCGACGCAUGGCUGCAGCACUAUACUCUUGGGAAGUCACCCAUGGACGGUCUGUCGUAAAUGUCUUCCCCGUGAUGGUGCUCAUACUAGCUCCGCACCUAACAAGGAAGAUAAUCAAAGCGAUCCAGUAACAUCCGAACUAAUCAGUGCUCAGACUCCUGUCAAGCGGAAUGAACGGUGCAGCCCCCAGGCACUCCAAGCCGACACAAGCCGAGAAUCUAGCUCUCCCUUAGCCAAUACAUUUAUCUCUGUCGAUGUCGAUGUCAUACCGCUGAAGUCUCUUUCCCAGCCCGAGGUCUCGACAAUCACUGAAAACACAUCUUCGACUUCUCAAGACACGACGUCCACGCAGAAAUUCACACCAGAUGCCUCUUUGAGUCCAUCGCUCUUAAGCAGGCCACCUCCGAUAGCACGUUCGCGACAAAAGCAGCAACAGCGUUCGGGUUCGUUUGCUUGCAGCGCGAAGCGGCCCGACGCCAAAUCAGACUCUCAGCGACUUCGAAUUAGAGACAUGAAUGCUCCAAUUAUGGAGAUGGCAAUCUUCACGCCGAGUCCGAACAGUCUCGGGCCAUCGUCUAUGGUGGCGAUACCAGGACCCAGUAUAUUGAAAGCUGAUGUAGAAAUGAGCUUUAUGCUGAACCAUGUCGAAACCCUUCUGCAGAAGCAAACUGCAGCGAGACGAUUGGAGGAGCAGACACUAGAGACACUUUGUACCAAUCUGGAGCGAUGCACCACAGCUAAUCCUCAAUCGCCCUCGCCUGCCGCCAUGCCUUCUGUGGUGGUUGAAGAACUGGCUCCUCCUGACUGCAGUGCUCAACAAGUCGUUCCUGAGACCCGUGCACUUGCUACACAAAAUGAUUCCAGUGAUGUGUCGACCGGAAAUCUGGCCACAGUCGUUGCGAAAACACAUGUAGAGGCGCAUGUAGAGGAUGUGUUAGUUCAGGUAGAUCGAGCCCCAGUUUCAAGCGUUGUCGAAGUAGAACAUGCUGGCUCAGUGGAUACCCCAUCUUCUCUGCUGGAAGGGGUUUCUACGGCCGAGGGCACACGUCGUCCCCAAUCUCCUACACCCCCGUCCUCACCAAUGGUCCCAAGUUCUAGUCCGGCUGUUGAGCCUCGCCGUGAAGAUCCGAGUUCCUCUACUGAUCUGGGCUGGGACAGCGAUCUUUCGGAUUUGACUCCUCUAGAGGAUUCUGGGGAAUCCGAGAUUGAUGAGCCACACAAAGAUAGUACCUCUCCUCGUCUUCCCGCCACCGAAAUGCCCAAGGGUGGUCAGUCGAAGUUGGGCGCCAUCGAUAGACCAAGGACCGUGUGCAACUGGAAGCUCUGCGAGCGUUGUCGCAACCAUACACGCCACCUACAGAGAGUGCGGGCGUACAGGGACAAGAACAUCGUUAUGCCUGAUCUCAGUGUUUACCCCCCAGGGUAUCGGAUUUGCGGUCGUAUUUCGUGUGCAACCGUCAUUCCUCCAGUGGGAGAUUGGCCUUGGGACAUUUGCGACGGCUGCCGUUACAAGCACCGUCAACGGCGCCCUAAGAUGCGCGACAGCAGUGUUGCCUCGACUGUGGCGCAAGGCAACGAGCCCAGAAAGCGCAGACGUAUGGACAACAACAAAGGAGUAAAGUUUCUUUCGGGGAAAGAGCUCACAACUUUUGUGGAUUCUACGCCGACAGCAUACCAAAGCAUGCAGGUGUUAUUACAGUCGUUGCAAGAACGCGUCCAUGGAUUUCUCGCUGUGCAGGCCCGCUAUAUGCUCUUCAGAGUAUCACAAGGCAUCGAUAUCUCUCAUGCCAGCCCAACUCGCUUCAGCUUUGACGGCGAGUUUUCUAUCAUCGCGGAUCCGGCAGGAGGGGUCGUAGACGUGGUCGUUCGGAAAGUCAUGUCUGGUGUGGAAGAUGUGCUCAACUUGGGAUUCACACCGAGCGGCGUGUUUGUGGGCCCAAACAGCUCCGUCAUCAGUCAAUUUGGAUGCGUCAGCGAUUUCAAAGUUCCCUUGUCGCCGUCAUCAUCAAAGGAAUGCAUCGUUUGUCGAAUGGCUGGCAAGCUGGAGCUUACUGUCUCUUGGGAUCGGAGACACAAGUACUUUCCCGGCCAAAGAAUCGCAAUGACAUUCCAUCUAUUCAACUGA